AUGGCUCACUCGAUCAAAGUUGCUGCGGCGAAGAUAGUGGAACAAAGGACUCAUCAGAUACCUGAUCCUAGCGAUCAUGACGAGAAGAAGAGCCAACUGCCGUGGAUGGUCUUCUUGAACGGCGGUCCUGGAGGUCCUUGCCGACACCCAAGUGCUUACCCCUUCACCUGGACUAUCCUGGAUAAAGGCUACCAAAUGCUCUACCUUGAUCAAAGAGGCACCGGCCUCAGCACUCCAAUUACGCCCAGUACGCUGGGCUUGCGUGGAGAGAAUGAUGUACAGGCGAAAUAUCUCAAGCUCUUCCGCGCCGACAGCAUCGUACGAGACUGCGAGGCUAUUCGACAAUCCUUGACUGCAGACUACCCAUCAGAGAAGCAGAAGUGGAGCAUCAUGGGACAGAGCUUUGGUGGAUUCUGCAGCAUCACAUAUCUCUCGUUCUACCCCCAAGGACUGCGUGAAGCUUUCAUCUAUGGCGGCCUUCAACCGCUUGUGAAGCAACCCGAUCCAGUCUAUAGAGCGCUUUUCAGGAGAGUGGCCAAGCGAAACAAGGACUAUUACAACAAGUACCCCGAGGACGUCGACAGGGUCAAGACGAUUGUCAAGUACUUGCAGCGCUUUGGCGACGGAGUUAUCAAACUACCGACUGGAGGCAAUCUGACCGCAAGACGCUUUCAGCAAAUGGGCAUCAUAUUCGGAAUGCACGGGGGCAUUGAUAAUCUACUGCGAANNGGCAAAGCACCCAACUGGUCUGCUGAACGCGUGCGCAACGAGUUCCCAGAGUUCCAAAUCACUUCGGAGGGACCUAUCUACUUUACAGGCGAAAUGAUAUUCAGCUGGAUGUUUGAAGACUACAGCGAACUUCGCAAGAUCCAAGACGUUGCUAAUCGAGUUGCUGCAGACUCUGACUGGCCAGCAUUGUUUGACGAAGAGCAACUCAGGAAGAAUGAGGUUCCUGUAUACGCAGCCGCGUACCAAGAAGAUGCGGCGGAGAAGAUCAAGGGAUGCAAGACCUUCACGACCAAUGUCAUGUACCACAACGCGAUUCGCAGCAAGGCAGACGAGGUGAUUAGGCAGUUGUUCGAUUUGAGGGACGAUGUCAUCGACUGA